AUGUCAACAACAGAGAACACAACAACAGUUAUAGUCCAUGAAGCUAUAAAUGAAGAAUACGAGUGGGUUCAGUUUAACAAACAGUUACGUCUCAUUCGUUCGGUCAAAGACGAUAUGUACCAAAUGCAAAGUAUUUUGACAGCAUGUUUUGCUCCAGAUACUAAGCUUCCUAAAGACUGGUUUAGGAACCAAAGCACACAAGAACUUUUGAGCGAAGCACAGCGAGACAUACUUUUUUCUGAAAACAGUGAAGAACAGCGAGUAGGUAAAAAACCCCAGUCGCCAAAACUCUAUGAAAAUCGUAAAAAUUUGCCAAAUGGUUUGAGAGGUUGGUAUGUACAUAGACUUCUUGUAAAUGCUGUUGCAAUGUGGGCUUCACCUCGUUAUGCUUGUUAUAUUUACAGACUUCUUGACGAAAUUCAUAGACAAGAACGUGAAGAGAUGGAAAACAAGCUUGAAGCAAAAGACAAAAGCAUUCAGAAAAGAAUACCACGUUCGGUACCAAAAGGUAAGGAAAAGAACUAUAAGUAUAUGAUUUAUACUGAAGAGAUGGAAAAUGAAGAAGAUAAAGAUAUGGUUAUGUUGCAUUUAGUCAGAAGAAACAACAAAAGCUUUUACGACCUUGCUAAGAUUUACAAAUCUGACAGAAAUUGGUUCUAUCGCGAAAACUUACCGAUUUCAAUGACCCAAAUGAAGAUGUGA